CAAGUUUAUAAACACUGGCUCAACGUGCUUUUCGUAGACUAUUAACGUGUUGAACGUGCUUAAGUGAUAUCAAAAAAAAAGACGCUUAACAAUGAAAUCUUUCUUGGUGUGUGUGUCCCUCAUUGCCUUGAUGGCCUUGGCUACUGCUCGCCCACAACAACGUGAAGGUGCUGCCUAUACCAACGAAGCCAUUCGCCAGGCCCAACAGACCUUCCUCAUUCCCAAGGAUGCCCAAAUCCAAAAUGUCCAAGAAGGUAUUGAGUUGGGCGCCUACGAACAGAUUCCCGGCAAUCAACGCAUCAAUCUCUUCGAAAUUUUGGGCGAUCAAGUCCCCUCGGAAGUCAUCAAUAAUUUGCAAUCGCAAGUCGAUCAAAUUGGUCGCAACUAAGACCAAGGGAGAUUUUAAGCUUUCAUCAUUUCCCAACAUCUUUCUUCCCUCAUCGUCUAUUUUCAUUUUCCUCAUUUGUUAUUUAAGCGGAUAUCACAGAUUCCUUUCAUGUUGAAAUUUGUUAAUUUUAUUUGUUGAAAAAAGAUAUUGUUAAUAAAAUA